GGAGCCCGAGGAGGCUAGGCUGUCGCGCGCCGGACGUGAGAGAGGCGCCAGGCGGGCCCUCCGGAGCCCGGAGCGCGGAGUCGGUUGGAGCGAGGCCGGGAGGGAGGGAGGCCGCCGGGAGCGGCGCGCCUGGCGAGACCGGGAGCCGGGCUGGAUCUCCUUCAGCACUCGGACUCGCGCUCGGGAGCCGGCGUCCGCCUGGAAUUACGUUUCCUCUGGGGAGGUGGCUGGCCUCGCAGCGUGCGGCCCCUGCACCCCCGGUCGUCCAAAAAAGGCUUUGUGCCCCCUUUUGCUCUUGAUUUGACAACUCUGGCAUUGUGGAAACACCGACUGCAGUUCAUCCAUAACCGGGAUUCCUAAUAAGAGAGGAAACGAAGGCUGUUCUCCUGCCAUCAUGUUUUUGGCCCAGAGGAGACUCUGCUUCCUUGACAGUAGAGCAAAAUUCCUGAAGACUAUUUAUUCUUCAAAAAUCCUUGGACUCCCUACUUCUGCUGAAAGCAUGGCCCUCCCAAAAAGAAGCAAAUCCUGAAUCCUGAAUGCCUCCUGAAGAUGUCUUUGAAAAUCAUCAAUGCAAAACGAAUUGAAGGCCUUGAUAGUAAUGUGUGGACUGAAUUUACAAAGUUGGCUGCAGACCCCUCUGUUGUGAAUCUUGGUCAAGGCCUUCCAGAUAUAUCCCCUCCUAUAUAUGUAAAGGAGAAAUUAUCGGAAAUUGCAGCAAUUGAUAGCCUGAACCAGUAUACACGAGGCUUUGGUCAUCCAUCACUUGUGAAAGCUCUAGCCUGCUUAUAUGAAAAAUUUUAUCAAAAUCAAAUCAACCCAAAUAAAGAAAUCCUUGUGACAGUAGGAGCGUAUGGCUCUCUUUUUAAUGCCAUUGAAGGAUUAAUUGAUGAGGGAGAUGAAGUCAUAAUAAUAAUGCCUUUCUAUGACUGUUAUGAGCCUAUGGUGAGAAUGGCUGGAGCAACACCUGUUUUUAUUCCCCUGCGAUCUAAACCUGUCGAUGGGAAAAAAUGGUCCAGUUCUGACUGGACAUUGGAUCCUCAAGAACUGGCAAGUAAAUUUAAUUCUAAAACCAAAGCUAUUAUACUGAAUACUCCACAUAACCCCAUUGGCAAGGUAUAUAGCAAAGAGGAACUCCAAAUAAUUGCUGACCUUUGCAUCAAAUAUGACACACUCUGCAUCAGUGAUGAGGUUUAUGAAUGGCUUGUAUAUACUGGAAAUAAGCAUUUAAAAAUAGCUACUUUUCCAGGUAUGUGGGAGAGAACAAUAACAAUAGGAAGUGCUGGAAAGACUUUCAGUGUAACUGGCUGGAAGCUUGGCUGGUCCAUUGGUCCUAAUCAUUUGAUAAAACAUUUACAGACGGUUCAACAAAACACCAUUUAUACUUGUGCGACUCCUUUACAGGAAGCCUUGGCUCAAGCUUUUUGGAUUGACAUCAAGCGCAUGGAUGACCCAGAGUGUUACUUUAAUUCUUUGCCAAAGGAGUUAGAAGUAAAAAGAGAUCGGAUGAUACAUUUACUUGAAAGUCUUGGCCUAAAACCCAUAGUUCCUGAUGGGGGAUACUUCAUAAUUGCUGAUGUGUCUUUGCUAGAUGCAGACCUCUCUGAUAUGAAGGACAGCAAUGAACCUUAUGACUAUAAAUUUGUGAAAUGGAUGACUAAAAAUAAGAAACUGUCAGCCAUUCCAGUUUCAGCAUUCUGUAAUGCAGAGACCAAAUUACAGUUUGAGAAGUUUGUGCGAUUUUGCUUCAUAAAAAAAGAUAGUACACUGGAUGCUGCUGAAGAAAUCAUUAAGGCAUGGACUAGACAGAAGUCUUGAUACAAGCAGACUGUUUCUAUUAGAUGACCUAAUAUAGAAUUAUUAUUUAGUGCGCCAUCUGCUGGAUUAUGAAAACAAAUAUUUUGGUACCAAUGAAAUUUGAAGAAAUAUUUCCAUUGUUUUCCAAAAUGUUAAUCCCACCGGGGUUUUUUUGUUUUGUUGUUUUUCAGUUGAAAUAUAUGAAAACACCUACCACUACCAUUUUACAUCAGGCAGUGUAGCAUUGUGGAUAAGAAUUGUGAGACCCUGGUUUAUACUUAACCUCUCAGUGCUUCAGUUCCCUCAUCGGGAAUAAAAUGUAGCACCUACUUUAUGACACCUGGCUGGCUCAGUGAGUAGAGCAUGCAACUCUUGAUCUUGGAGUCAUGAAUUCGAGCCCCACGUUGGGCAUGGAACCUACUUUUAAAAAAUAGCACCUACUUUAGAUAAAGUUUAUAAGGAUAAAAUGGAUUGAUAAAGCCUUAAUAAACGCUCAGCUAAGGUUAGCCAGUUCUGUUUCUCCACCAUUGUGUAAAACUCUUAGCCAGUUACACCCCUUUAACUCCCAAGUCCUUGCUUUGUCUACCCACAUGUAAUUCCCUCCCCUUCGUUUACCAAUGGCUUUGAACUUUGCUCACAGUUUUGCUUCUCUGUCCCAAAUACUGCCAUCACCCAGAGUGGCUUCAAAGUCCACAUGGAUUACCUAGGCUUUCAGUACUUUGACCUCACCUUUGGCAAUGUUCACCUCCACUCCACUCUCCACUUCAGCCACCCACCCGCAUGGGUACACCCUGAACCUUUCAUCAUUUAAGGCUGUGCCACCUAUGAGAUAAUAAAUUAGUUAUCUCACACUGUACCCACCUAUCCUUAGAGUAUUCUCUCGGUGUGUCUCAUCUCCUCUCAAAAUAUCACUUCUUUAAACUCACUAUAAUUUCAAAUACACUAUUUCUCAAAAAAUGGUCUAUGGCCCUCUUACAGCAGAAUCAGAAUCAAUCUAUGAGAAUAGAUUCUGGUCUUCACCCUAGACCUGCUGAAAAUAAUUUCAGGAUCUGGCUCUUCCAAGGUGAUUUUUAUACCAACUGAAUUUUGAUAAUCACAUGGAACCUUCUAUUUUAUUCCCAUCUGUCCCCUUAUAUUUUCCCUGCCCAGCUUCAAUUGCAUCAUCUAUCACUUCAGCCAAGACACUUUUGCUACCCUGAAUAAUUUGCCCAUUGUUCUGUCUCACCUAACUGGUCAAAAAAAACCCAGAACUCCACCCUGGGAUUAAAAUGCCAUGCUUAUACUGGACUGCUGAGCACUGAUGUCACAAAAUACACAAUUGUGCAGAUACCAACAACCAUGAAUGCACGUCAUUAACCUUAACUAGGUUUAGUCCUUCCAUGAUACCCUCAUGAGAUUUCUCUACCUUUUACCACAGCAGCAAUUCUUAAUACUCUCCUGUUCACCAUAAAAAUAUCCAUCCCCCUCGGGAGAUGAACCAUGAGAGACUAUGGACUCUGAGAAACAAACUGAGGGUUCUAGAGGGGAGGUGGGUGGGGAGAUGGGUUAGCCUGGUGAUGGGUAUUAAAGAGGGCACAUACUGAAUGGAGCA